GUCCUCUCUAGCCCGCCGCUUCUCUAUGGUUUCCGCUAUCGGGCGCUCUAUCCGGCGCAGACGGACAGACACGGCGCAGCGACAGCUCGCGGCUGCGGGGGACUCCGGAGUGCGCCCCGCUGGCUGUGCAGGCGGCCAUGCAGUCCUUGAGGAAAAUGCUGAUCACGGUCGCAGUGCUGGGCGCAGGAGCUGGCGUGGGCUACGCGCUCCUUGUUAUCGUGACCCCGAGAGGGCAGCGGAAGCAGGAGAUGCUGAAGGAGAUGCCACUGCAGGACCCGCUGAGCAGGGACGAGAUGGCCAGGACCACGCAGCUAGUGAUGGACGUUCUGAAGGAAGCAGCGACCACGCAGGAGAACGUGGCCUGGAGGAAGAACUGGAUAGUUGGCGGCGAAGGCGGCAAAGGCGGGAAGUCAGCGUGAGACUGGACUUGCCCCAGUGGGCGCUGGGACCUUGGCUAGGGCGCAGGAGUCUGAGGCACCCUUUCUCCUUCGUGGGCCCAGCGGGGAGUCCGGACCGAGAUGCCAUUCCCAGGACUUUUUUGGGUCCUGUGAGCUGCCAUCGGGUGAGCACCUUCCUCCCAAACCCUGCACUGAUUGCUUUAAAGUCCGCAAAGGCUGGUCGGG